ACAACCAGCAGCAGCAGUAUCCGUUCGUUUUUCCCCGUUCAGUGCUCGCUCAGUGAUUAGCUGAAUCUUGACCACGACGCAAGUUUGGUGCAAACGCGGUUGUGACGACGGUCUCCCACAUCAUAAUCCCGGGUUGUUUUGUAUUUUCCUGUUCUUUUUCCUCUGCUGUGAGUACACACCUCAUACAAACGGUUUGGAAGAGUGUGCGUGCAUAGGAAUUUUGAUGAACAAGAGUGUCAAGAGAGUGUAGUGGCUAAACGCGAUUUUGAGUCGACGUAAAAAAGUAGUGAAAGAUUGUCGUUCCGAAUGCGAUUGGAAGAUUUUGAUUUUUUUUUUUUAAUCAAGGUGCGUUCUGUUUUGAUAUCGGAAAAUUUCGUGGGUGUGUUUGAUAAACAAGGACUGCUCUGGGGGGAACCACUUUGAUCAUCAGCCCCCUGUUCAUAUCGGUAUGUGUUUUUGCGCUAGUGCAAGAGAGUGCGCAACGAGAUGGGCUGUUCCUGUUGGAAAACUUUGUGCAAAUUGAAUUAGGAAGUUCUGGUCGAGAAAUUCGAGGAAAAGCAGUUGUUGUUGGUCAGUGCGGGGAAAACACCCGAAACACGAGAGCAAAGUAGUUAUUUUCGACGGUGAAGGAAUUUCGCACACGAUUACAUAAAAGAACGCACUUUUACUCUUGGAAACAUUCCCCGGCAGCAGCCAGCAAAACUGCUUCAAUAGCAGCGCAGUAAGAGCGAGUUUACCAGUCAGUGGACGAAAAAAAAACAGCAGUAAUUUUUUGUCGUCGUGGUCGCAGAAUUCCGCUGAAUGUGUGUGCGAGAGCUUUUUACUUGGUGCUACUGCUAGGUCAUCAUCGCCCAAAGCAGUUAACGAAAAUCUCCAUCGAAUGCUUGAAAUGGGGGAAAAACGGCAGUAAUGGGAAAUCAUUUAAAACGUCAUCCAUUUUGACGUCUUAUUUUGAGAAAAUUAACAAUAUUUUUGUUUAUGUUAUUGUUUAAAAUUUUGUUUCAAAAAAAGUGAAUUAGUAACUAGGAAUUUAGUUGUUAAGUUCUACUGAACUUGUUCUAAUACAGGUGUCUCGUCAUUUAUUUUUCUGUAAUAGUGUGCAGUGUUUAGGUUGUCUAAAAACAGAACCCAAAUCGACAGUGAAAAAGGAUUAUAGCUACCGCAAGGGAUUACUGGAUAUCAAAUUGCUGCAUUAAUAAUUAGUGUGUGCAUACGCUAAUUAGGUGGAUAAAAAGGAUAGGCAUCCAUCCGGCUACACAAACAGAUAAAUUGCAAUUGGAAGUGGAAGUUGAAUUUUUGCGUACACACCGGGGGAGAGCUCGGUUAUGUAGCCCCAUAAUGGUUGUCUGUGACUAAAGGCACCACCUCUCGUUAGAGCCGAACUCGUGAACACAACGACACACCGCGGUCAGAGGGCUCCCUGGCUGGCUGGCUGGUUGGAGACAGAGAGGAGCCAUUCGUGGAGAACAGUGCUCGCCCAACACGGUUGGCGACCACCGAGACCACAAUCAAUUUUGUUUCGUUAUUUUGCUUUCAUAAUUUAGAAAAACUUUACACUUUAACGUCUUCAGCGUCUUCAUCACCAUCAUCAUCACUUCCAACAUAAUCUUCACAACAAUGUCACAUCACAGCGAUGAUCAGCUUCUGCAGGCGGGCAGCGAUUCCUUCUGGGAACCUGGCAACUAUAAACGAACCACCAAACGGAUAGAGGACGGCUACAGAUUAUGCACAGACCUGCAAACCCUGAUACAGGAACGGGCGGAAAUCGAGAAAGGAUACGCCAAAAACCUGAAAACAUGGUCGAAAAAAUGGGCCGAACUGAUUGAAAAAGGACCAGAGUACGGAACGACCGAGGCGGCAUGGAAAGGUAUCCUCACCGAAGCGGAUCGGCUUUCCGACCUGCACCUGAAAGUCAAGGAAAACCUCUGUACCGACGUGAUGCACCAGAUCAAAGCGUGGCAGAAGGAUAAUUACCACAAGACGAUGAUGCAAAUCAAGGAGCGCAAGGAAAUGGAAGACCAGUUCAAAAAGGCACAGAAACCCUGGGGGAAACAUCUAACGAAGGUGGAAAAGUGCAAAGCCGACUACCAUGCGGCGUGUAAGACGGAACGGUCCGCUGCUAAUCAGGAACGGAAUGCCUCGAGUGAUUCGUCACUAUCCAAUGAUCAGCUGAAAAAGAUGCAGGACCGGACGAUGCGCACCAAGGAAGAAGUGAACAAGUGCCGAGAGCGGUAUGACCAAGCCCUGCAGGAAAUCAACAAAUACAAUCCUGUCUAUAUCGAGGACAUGACCUCGGUGUUUAUCAAGUGCCAAGAGAUGGAAGAGACCAGGUUACGCUUCUUCAAGAACGUUCUGUUUUCGAUACACAAGUGUUUGAACAUUUCCGAGGAUCCGAGCUUACCGCAGAUCUACAAGGAGUUCCAUCACACCGUCAACAAUGCCGACCAUCAGAAGGACCUGAAGUGGUGGUCCAACAAUCACGGUGUUAAUAUGGGUAUGAGUUGGCCGACGUUCGUGGAAUAUCCACCCCCGGCGAGCAACAACAACAAGAACAGCAUAAACCGCACUUCGGCACCGCUCAGUAUUAGCAAUUCGAAUAGCAAUGCCAACAACAGCAACAGCUCACAGCGGGCAACCACUCCUAGUCAGGAAUCGCCCAAGUCGGAGAGCGCCUCGUUGAAGAACAGCGAUGCGGCAAUCACUCCGCCGCGGACUUCGCCAUCACGUAGCGGAGGCGGCGGCGGUGGUGGUGGUACUGCCGUUGUAACGAAUGGUACCAAUGGAAAGGCAAACGAUGCCCAGAACCCAUUCGACGAGGAAGAAGAAUGGGAUGAAGGCGAUGGGGCUGAUAACAUUCUGGUAGACAAUGGCGAACCCGGUGUCCCAGUUAAGGCCCUGUAUGAUUACGAAGGUGCCGAAAGCGAUGAGUUGACGUUCAAGAUGGGUGAAGUUUUCGAGAAGCUCGAAGACGAAGACGAGCAAGGUUGGUGCAAGGGACGUAAGGACGGUCGAGUCGGUUUGUAUCCCGCAAAUUACGUCGAAGCGACAGCGACGUAAAGCAACUAAAGGUAAACGAAUUGGGAAUGCAUACCGCAGCGCACCACAACACAUUCAGCCAGAACAGUCACGAUGUGUGGUACUCGUGGUGUAGUUAGUUUGUUACGUUUAUUUUAAAAUUACCCGCGCACGUUCUAGCACCACCGCGAGAUCAAUCGCGCCAACUGGAUCGUUGAGUCAUUUUCUUUCAAAUUUCUUUUCGAAGGAGAAAUAAAUUUUACAAAGCUGUAUCUGCCUUAUUUCAAAAGUAUUUGAAUUGAACGCUGGAUGAGAGGAGAGUUUUUUUUCCGGCCGCUAAAUUCGCUUCUAGGAUUGACUAGACUAAGGAAUGAUUCGAUUUGUAAAAUGUUCUUUUUAGGUGAUGUGUAUAAGUUUUUGUUGAAGUAGUUCAUAGGGAAAGCCUUUGCGGAAAGAGAACUAACAGGACUUUUACUAAAGUCCUGUGUUGUUUGGACAUUUACUUGAAGUAUCAAUAGGGUUUACAAUUAUUCACAGUUGCGUCGAUGCAAUGUUUAUAUUUUUACCAAAUUAGUUUUAAACCAGUCUGUACGUUUGCAAACUUUCGCGGGAAUGGACGUAAGGAAUUUAGAAGUCCAGGGCUGUUUUAAAUCAGCAAACAUGCUCACCCAUAAACACAUAUGCAUACAUUUACGUACGUAAACUAGGAUGGUACCGACUGAAGCGUUUACGCGAAUGCAAUUUUUCGGGAUGAAACCCUCGCCGUGUGUGGAAAUCAAUGGAGAUGAACAUAGUCACGUUUGUUGAAAUGUAGAUUUAUGAAUUUAAAAUGUAGAAUGUAUACAAAUUGAUAGAAUCACAAAUCAGCAUGUUUAAGCUAAGCUGCAUUUACAAGUAAUACAGUUUCAAACUUGAAUGACAGAGAACAGAUUUUGAUUCCAUAUACCUAUCUACAAAUCCAGAUAUAAGCCUCUGCAUGUCCAGUUUCCAGCCUCCGUCUAG